CCGCCGCCACUUCCCACUUGCAGUUCGGUGCGCGAUCCGUUCACAAGCAUUGUACCAUACCCUAACUAAGAAAGUACUUUUAAGUUACUACUAGUAAAAAAAAAAGAAACAAGAUGUCUCUCGCCGAUCCAAUUGCUUUCAUGAAGGAUUUCCUCGCCGGAGGAAUUUCCGCAGCCAUUUCCAAAACCGCUGUAGCCCCAAUUGAAAGAGUAAAACUUUUACUUCAAGUACAACACAUCUCUAAACAAAUCUCAGAAGCUCAACGUUACAAGGGUAUGGUCGAUUGCUUCGUACGUAUUCCAAAAGAACAAGGUGUAUUAGCUUAUUGGCGUGGUAAUUUGGCCAACGUAAUCCGUUAUUUCCCAACCCAAGCCCUUAACUUCGCCUUCAAGGACAAAUACAAGCAAAUUUUCUUGAGCGGUGUUGAUAAGAAAACUCAAUUCUGGAGGUACUUCUUAGGAAACUUGGCCUCUGGUGGUGCUGCCGGAGCCACUUCUCUUUGCUUCGUCUACCCACUUGAUUUCGCCAGAACAAGGUUAGCUGCUGAUGUCGGUAAAGCCGGAGCUGAACGUGAAUUCAGCGGUUUAGGAAACUGUCUGAUGAAAAUCUACAAAGCUGAUGGUUUAAUUGGUUUGUACCGUGGAUUCGGUGUAUCUGUACAAGGUAUUAUCAUCUACCGUGCCGCCUUCUUCGGUAUUUACGACACUGCCAAGGGAAUGUUGCCAGACCCCAAGAACACUCCAAUUAUCAUCUCCUGGGCUAUUGCUCAAACUGUAACGACUGUUGCUGGUAUUAUUUCCUAUCCAUUCGAUACAGUGCGUAGGCGUAUGAUGAUGCAAUCUGGUCGCAAGAAGGCUGAAGUAGUCUACAGAAGCACAGCUCAUUGCUGGGUUACCAUCGCCAAAACUGAAGGAUCCAAAGCAUUCUUCAAAGGAGCCUUCUCAAACGUCCUCCGUGGUACAGGUGGAGCUAUCGUACUGGUACUCUACGACGAGAUCAAGAACUUGCUCUAAGCAAACACCUACGAUAACGUUAAUAAUAUUAAAUAAUAGUAUCGAAAUUUUACGCGUCGUCAUAAUCCAAUUUAUUUUAAUUUCUUUUUGUUUUUCAUUCUUUUUUGUGUUUUUUUUUCUAAUUUUCGAAACGAAACAAAAAAUAAUUUACAGUUUAAAAAAAAAAUUAUCCGUUUUUAGUCGCAUCAUAAUAUUUAAUAAUAAUUUAGCAGCCGUGUUUUAAUUUUCAUCUUUUUGUACUGUUGGGGGUCGCGUCAUAACGGUAGCGAUGUAACCAGUUCAUUCCGGACGUUGAAUGCUGUCUUGAGCGUCCGUUCUUGUAUUUUUCGUUACUACCGUCAAGUCGUGACAUGAACAGUAUUAGUACUGGAGAUUUAAAAAUAAUUUAAAAAAUCACGAAAAAAAUUAAGCGAAAAGAGAAACCCUUAAAUUAAUAGUUGUAAUAUUAAUUUAUUUUAAAAAAAAAGUUAAAUAAACGCUAAAAACAACAUAAAAAUUCGACACAUACAUAUUUUUUUGUCUUUUCUAAAAAAAAACCAUCUUUUAAAAAACAAUGUGGAUAGAAGCUUGUAACAAAAAAGUUAUCUUAAAUCAAUUUAAAAAAAAUUAGACGUUAUAAAAAUUGCAACAAGUAUUAAUGAUCGUUUUUAUUGGUAAUUGUAGAAAAAUUUUGUGAAGAUCGCGUACCUACUGUAUAUAACUUGUAAGAUACGUGUUAAUUCGUGUUUAGAAACACAAAACACCACCUUAAAAUGCAAGUUUUAUGUUUACCUCUUUAUUUUCAAAACAACAAGAAAAACCCGCGAGCAAUAUGGGCGUUAAUAAAGAACAUUAAUUGCCAUUCAAAA